ACACUAGAAAGUUAAAACCCCAAAUCCAAAACCCUCGGAAUCAAACGCCGCCGAGAAGAAAAUGGAGUAUGAGAAGAGGAAGAGCGCGGCCCUUGCGGCCAUGAACUCGGAGGCACCAGAUAAAUCUCCCAAAGGCACCAUAGACGCGCCGAUCAUCCCGCUGUUGACCUCCAUCAACUCCCACCCCUCUUACUUCACGACUAGCUCUUGCUCCGGCCGCAUCUCCAUCCUCUCUCAGCCCAUCCUCUCUCCCUCCGCACCCAAGAAGAAGGCUAGGGGCGGCUCCUGGCUACUCUUGUCUCACGAACCAGUUCACCCCUCUUCCGUCUCCGCCUUACUAUUUCCUCCUCAGCCGCCUCUCCCCGAUGCAAUCGAGGACCAGAGCAUUGUCUUUAGGUUUGAGCCAUUGAUAAUCGCCGUGGAGUGUGUGAAUGUGGAGGCGGCUCAGUCUCUGGUUUCUCUUGCUAUUGCUUGUGGUUUCCGAGAGAGUGGCAUUACAAGCGUAAGUAAGAGGACGAUAAUCGCUAUCCGAUGCUCGAUACGGAUGGAAGUGCCUCUGGGAAGCACACACAAGCUUAUGGUGACCCCUGAGUAUGUGGAGUAUCUUGUUGAUAUAGCUAAUGAGAAGAUGGGGACUAAUAGGAAGAGGACUGAUCAUUUUCAUGAUAAGCUAAGGGAGAAUGGAUUUCUGAGAAGGGAGAUUGAGGCAGAUUGUAAACUUAUUAGAAAUGGUGAAGAAGCCUAUCCUGAGGCUAAUAAAAUUGAAGUUUUGGAGAGUUUUGAGGUGAGUGAAGUGGAGAUCUUGGAGGGACAGUUGGGGCCUCAAAGCAAAUAUGAUCGCAAUGCUGAGAAUGGAUCAGAGAAUGUUUUUGGCAUAGAUCUCUCUGUUAUUGAAGUAGUUGGUGAACCUGUUGAGAGACUCUUCUUGUGGGGUCACUCUUCUUGUCCCUUGAGCCAAAAGAAGAUUAUUAUUUUUGGUGGCUUUGGAGGUAUUGGAAGACAUGCACGUCGAAAUGAUCUUUUGAUAUUUGAUAUCGAAUCUGGAUUUGUGGAGGUAAUUGCUGCUGCUGGAGCCCCUUCCCCUCGGCUUGGUCACACAUCUUCCUUAGUAGGAGAUUCCAUAUAUGUAAUUGGAGGUAGGGCUGACCCCAUGAAUAUCCUGAACGAUGUUUGGGUAUUUCAUUUGCCAAGGAAAGAGUGGAAGCUUUUGCCAUGCUCUGGUAGUUUGUUUCCUCCAAGGCACCGGCAUUCAGCUGCUGUUGUUGGUUCUAAAAUAUAUGUCUUUGGUGGAAUCCAUGAUAAUUCAGUCUUAUCAUCUAUUUACGUCCUCGACACUCUAACCUCUGAGUGGUCAGAGAUACAAUCCCAUGGAGACUUACCUGGUCCCCGUCAUUCACACUCAAUGGAUGCAAAUGGGUCUAAGCUAUUUAUUUUUGGUGGAUAUGAUGGAGACAAAGCUCUUGGGUAUCUUUACACUUUUGAUGUACAUAGAAGUCUAUGGAGUAAGCUAAAGACAAUUGGGCAGUCACCAAAGGCAAGGUUUUCACACUUGAUGUUUGUUUAUCAAAAUUUUAUUGGAAUUUUGGGAGGUUGCCCUGUCACCGAGCACCAAGAAUUGUUCUUACUCGACAUUCAGUCAGAAUGCUGGAAGAAGAUAGUCAUAAAGACUACUGAAGCAAGCCUAUUUGUUCGAAGUACAAUCAAUGUGAUUGGUGAUCAUCUUAUAAUAAUUGGUGGUGGGGCUUCUUGUUAUGCAUUUGGGACGAAGUUCAGUGUACCUAUGAAGAUUAACCUGCUUCAGUUGAUGUCCGGUUGUGAUAAUUCUGAGCCUACAGAAAAUGAAGAGAAAGGUGCGGCCUUUCUACAUUCUCAGUCUAUAAGUAAAGAAAAAGUUAAUGGGUCUACUAACCUAAAUUCUGAGUUUGAAGAACUGAGGGUAGAUAGUGAAGAGGUACCUACCCCUUGCGUUCUUCAGCUUGAAAAGCAGUAUGCAAAACUGGCAAAGGAUGUACUAAAAAAAUUUAGUUGGUUGGAUCUUGAAAGGAAGGUUUACUCCCAGGAGGGAGGCUCACAUAUCUGUUUUCCUGUUACCAAAGAAUUCUGCAAAGUAUCAGGAGAUAACCAGGGCAUAGCUGAUAAACUUGGACCGCUAGCUGAUCAGCUUUCAAAGCCAACUUUCUGGCAAAUUAUGUUGAAAGACAUCUCCAGUUCAGCUGCUCUGGAUCUUCUUAUGUCAUGUGGUGCAACCAAGAAGGUGGAUGAAGUUAUCAAAGUCAAGAAAACUCCUAAUUCUCCUUUCAAAAUUUUGAAGGAAGCCGUAGCCACUUUGUUAGAAAAUGCUGGUCUUCCAGCCAAUCUCAUAGAACAGUUGCCGUCAAGAUGGGAGCGUCUAGGGGAUAUUAUUGUGCUUCCUGUUACAUCAUUCAAAGAUGAGGUGUGGAAUUCAAUUGGAGGGGAGCUUUGGCCUCUUGUUGCACGUACUCUGGGGGCUCAACGUCUUGCACGUCAAGGUAGGAUUGCGCAAACAGAAACAAGAGAUAGUAAGUUGGAGAUUCUUGUUGGAGAUGAUGGCUGGGUUGAUCACCGUGAAAAUGGCAUACUUUAUUCUUUUGAUGCCACAAAGUGUAUGUUCUCUUGGGGCAAUCUUUCUGAGAAGCUGCGGAUGGCCCAUCUCGACUGUAGAGAUCAAGUGGUUGUAGAUUUGUUUGCUGGCAUAGGGUAUUUUGUACUUCCGUUCCUUGUGAGGGCAAAUGCCAAAAUGGUUUAUGCUUGUGAGUGGAACCCACAUGCUAUAGAGGCACUCCGUCGCAACCUCUGCGCUAAUUCUGUGGCUGAUCGCUGUGUUGUACUGGAAGGCGAUAAUAGAGUUACAGCUCCUAAAGGAGUUGCUCAUCGAGUCUGUCUUGGUCUCAUACCGUCAAGUGAAUGUAGUUGGGAAACUGCUGUUGCGGCCUUAAGGGAUGAGGGUGGGGUGCUACAUGUCCAUGGUAAUGUGAAGGAUACGGAGGAGGGUCAAUGGACAAACCACUCCAUCGAAAUGAUCUCUGAGAUUUCAAAAUCACAAGGUCGUUUGUGGGAAGUGUUGGUUGAGCACGUUGAGAGAGUAAAAUGGUAUGCUCCUCGUAUUCGCCAUCUUGUGGUAGAUGUGAGGUGUAGAGUAAGCCAAAGAUAGGAAGCUGCUGCAGUCGAGGUAUAUAAUGAAGAUUCGUGGUUAAGUCAUUGUACCAACCAUUACUGUUGCUGAGAAGCUUUUCAUUCUUUAUUCCAGUUGAACAAAGAUGAUAUGAUUGUCAAUAUAAAAGAUUAAUGAUUCUGUGCGUUCA